AUGAUGAAGACGUUUAUUCUCUCGCUCUCGUUUGCCAUUUCGGCUCUGGCUACCAGUCGAAUGACAGCGCCAUCUGGAUCUCUUGUCGUAGCAAAGUCUGGAGGCACAUAUUCAACCGUACGUACAAAGGAGCUACACAAGUACGAAGAACUCGCAAGUAACACAACACAGAUCAGCGCGGCAGUAGCGGCACUCAGCAAGACUUCAACAUCUACUCAAACCAUCUUCAUUGAGGAGGGUACCUAUGAUGAACAAGUCUACAUCCCUAGUCUUGCGGGUGAACUUAUCAUCUACGGCCAGACUGAAGAUACGAGUUCAUACUCCUCCAACCUGGUAACUCUUACCUACGGUCUUUCUGCAACGGAGGCCGGAAGUGACGAUUUGAGUGCAACUCUUCGAAACUAUGCCGCAAAGUCAAGAGUUUACAAUAUCAAUAUCGAGAACAGCUACGGAUCCGGUGCGCAAGCUCUUGCUUUGAGUGCCUAUGCAACUGAUCAGGGAUACUAUGCUUGCCAAUUCAUCGGUUAUCAAGACACGGUACUGGCGGAAACCGGAAACCAGGUAUACGCAAAGAGUUAUAUCGAGGGUGCAAUUGACUUUAUUUUCGGUCAACAUGCUACUGCCUGGUUCGACGAUUGCGACAUUGGUGUUGUUGCUAGGAGUGUCGGCACAAUUACAGCUAACGGACGUUCAUCCUCUAGCGAUGCUUCGUACUACGUGAUCAACAACUCUAACAUUGCCGCUGCUAGUGGCCAAACUGUCGCAAGUGGAUCUUAUUACUUGGGGCGCCCUUGGAGUGAAUACGCCAGAGUCGUCUUCCAAUACACCUCCAUGAGCAAUGUCAUCAACAGCGCAGGCUGGGAAGAAUGGUCCAGCUCCGAGCCAAACACCGAAGAUGUUCUUUUCGGCGAGUACGACAAUUCGGGCGCUGGAUCAGAGGGCACUCGUGCCAGUUUCGCGACUAAGCUUAGUGCGGCGAUUGAAAUUACUGCCAUUCUGGGAGACGACUAUGCUGAUUGGGUUGAUACUACUUAUCUUUCCUAG